AUGGGUUUUUUAGGAGUCUACAGGGCCGUCUAUGACUAUGUGCCCCAGGCUGAAGGCGAGCUUUCCAUCAACGACGGGGAUAUUCUCUACGUGCUCGAAAAGAAUGCCGAGGAUGAUUGGUGGAAAGCAAAGAAGAAGGCUAGUGCCGACGACGAAGAAGAGCCCGAAGGUCUCGUUCCGAAUAAUUAUGUAGAAGAGGCACAACCUGUCGCAAAGGCGCGCGCUUUGUUUGAAUACACUAGGCAAACAGACGAGGAACUCUCUUUCCCCGAGGACGCUGUUCUCGACGUCUACGACACGUCAGACCCUGACUGGAUUCUGGUCGGUCUAGAUGACGAUUAUGGCUUCGUACCAGCCAAUUACAUUGAAGUCGGCGAAGCAGAAGACACGGCGGCCCAACCUUCGCCGCCUCCAACGCUACCGGCACGAACAAGUUCUGCUAACGCAGUUACGGAAAGCUAUUCGGAGAGGCCGGAGUCUGCCUACAUGUCUGCCAACUCCAGUGACAACAAUCCCGCAGCGGCUCUGGCAGGUGUGAUGGCGGGUCGUUCUGCCCCCCCACCACGCGCUGCUACUCCCCCAAUGUCACCGCAGUCUCCGGCAUCAGAGCCAUCGGAUGAGGAGCCGGUCAGAAGCCCGGCUCUGCCCGCCCGUCCAAUCUCACAGGCCGCACCGGCACCCGCACCCGCGCCCGCACGAAUCCAAUCUCAACGGUCGAUAGAUACCCGCCUGUACGACCAAGAACCCGAAGUCGAAGAACCACCCUACCGUGCGCCUGGUGGGUUCCACAUGUACAAUAUCAACGAGAUGGUAUCCGUGAUGGGCAAGCGGAAAAAGAUGCCCACCACUCUGGGUAUCAACCUAGCAACUGGGAACAUAUUGAUUGCCCCAGAGCGUGCCCAGGAUGGUCCCUCUCAAGAAUGGACAGCCGAGAAGAUGACGCACUACUCUCGCGAGGGAAAGCACGUAUUUUUGGAGCUUGUCAGGCCGAGCAAAAGCGUGGACUUCCAUGCCGGAGCCAAAGAUACAGCUGAAGAGAUCGUGGGCGCUCUAGGCGAACUAGCAGGUGCCGUUAGAGCAGAGGGGCUUCGGGAGGUUAUUCUGGCCGGCUCGGGAAAGGCUCAGAAGAAAGGUCAAGUGCUAUACGACUUCAUGGCCCAAGGCGACGACGAGGUCACUGUUGCCAUCGGCGACGACGUCAUCAUAAUCGACGACACCAAGAGCGAAGAAUGGUGGCAAGUGCGGCGUGUUAAAAACGGCAAGGAGGGCGUCGUUCCGAGUAGCUACAUCGAGAUCACGGGCUCCAUCGCCGCGCCCACCAGCAAUACCGGAUUGAACGCGGCGAAGUCAACCGUCGAACAGAAUCGCUUGGAAGAAAUCAGGUUGACAAAGGAGGCUGUCAAAGCGGCUCAGAGGGACAGCUCACAGCAGGUAGGGCCAGGAAUGCCUCUACCAAAGCGAGGCAGUAGUCUUAUGGCAAGAGAAAAUGGUAAUAACUAUGGGCAGAGGAGUAAACGCGAAAACGGACGUGGCGAAGGCGGCAGUUCAGGCCGAUCUGGCAAGUCUAAGCCGGAUCCCGCCAAAGUUCGGACGUGGACGGAUCGAUCGAAGUCGUUCAGCGUCGACGCGCAAUUUCUUGGACUUAAGGACGGCAAAAUUAAUCUGCACAAGAUGAAUGGCGUCAAGAUCGCAGUCCCUGUGGCAAAAAUGUCAGUCGAGGACCUCGAAUACGUCGAACGCGCUACUGGCAUUUCACUGGACGAAGACAAGCCACUGUCGAAUGUCAAGAAAGCCAGGGCCUCACAAGCCAGAAAUUCGCCCCCAAUCGGAAUCGGUGCCUCAGUUGGACAACCGCAGAAGCCCGAGUACGAUUGGUUCCAGUUCUUCCUCACUUGCGACGUUGCCGUAGGCUUGUGCGAGCGAUAUGCGCAGGCCUUCGCCAAGGACUCGAUGGACGAAAGUGUACUCCCAGACGUUGACGCCGCGGUGCUUCGCAAUUUGGGUCUACGUGAAGGAGAUAUACUGAAAGUCAUGCGCACACUGGACCAGAAGUUUGGCCGAGUGAAGAACGGCGCUGACAAGGCAAAUGGAGAAGGCGACGGAGCUUCUGGCGGCCUCUUCUCCGGUCCUGGUGGAGCUCUUCGGAACAACACCAGGAAAGGCAGACCAGCACCGGCAGUUCAGACGAGUGAUGUUGUGGACCCCAAGGCAUUCGCUGCAAAGGGGGCUGGCUCGAGCGAAGAUGCCGAGUCUAAGUCGCCUGCCUCUGCGUCAACAUCGACGACCAAACCGGCCAGUGGUUUUGAUGAUGAUGCAUGGGACGUGAAGCCCGCAAAGCAAUCACAAGAGCCCCCUCAACCUGCUGCGGCUCCUACUCCGGCUCCAACUCAACCACCGGAGCAACCAACACCGCCUCAGCAAGUGCCUGCUCUCACAGGAUCAAUGCAGGAUUUAUCAAUGCUAUCGAAGCCUCUGGAGCCGCAACGGACAGCCCAGCCGCCGGCACCGAGCCCGGUCGUCAUCCAGCCACCGGCACCGGCGCAGGCACCUCAACCCACUGGAGCUACGCCUUCAUUCUUUGAUACCAUCAGGCCAAACUCUACAGGCUUGCCCCAGCAAGCUGCACAACGGCAAAGGCCGGUUCCGCCUCCGUCCAUGGCGACCACUGGCUCGCUGAUGCUUCCACCGCCGUCGAGACCGCUGUCAGCACCUCAGUCUGCUCAGCAGAGCGCCUUUGCGCCGCCGCCGUUGAUGCCCCAGAUGACCGGCUUCCAGACUCAGGUGGCACCGCCAGGGCAAAGCAUGAAUGACAUAAAUCAAGCACGUUUGCAGCAGCAAUAUACCAUGCAGCAGCAGCAGCAGCAGCAAAUGCCACAACAGCAGAUGAACGCCUAUCCCGUGCCUCAGCAGCAACCAGUACCAGGUGUGAUGGGCUUCAACUCCGGCAUGCAGCAGACUGGUGGACAGUUUAUGCAGUCGAUGCAGCAGCCUAUGAUGACAGGUGCGCCUGCUCAAAGCCCUUUCGCGGAUCCGCAAAGGCAAAGCCAGUUCUCUCCGAUGCAGGCGCAACCUACUGGCUUCCCUGGUCAGUUCGGUCAGCUUCAGGGCUUCAAUGCGCAACCCACCGGAAGUAUCAACUCAUUCUUACCCCCUGCCAUGGAGCCGCAAAGAACCGGCAUGCCGGGCUUCCAGCCGCAGCAAACUGGCAUGGGAGGAUUCAACAAUAUGGGCGGUGCCGGGCUUCAAGCACCGGUGCAGCCUUUACAGCCUCAGAAGACAGGACCUCCUCCGCCGGUUCGCUUCGGUGUUACAGGAGACGCAAAGAAGUUGAUGCCGCAGGCUACAGGCCGGCGGGCCAAUCUCUCCCAAGCAACUCCCAACAAUCCCUUCGGUUUCUAA